UCUCUUUUGGAAUCCCCCUUCUCUGUUUCGAACUCCCCUAAAAGGGGAACGGCUGCCAGCCGGCGACAACUACCACGCCGUCUUUCCUCCGCCUAGUCGCUGCCGACGUCGGCGCAGGCGCCACCUCCUCCUCGCCGCCCUCGUCCUCUCAUCUUCUUGCUCCGCCCCUCCGACGACUACAUCCCGCUGGGCCACCGCUCGCGUAAAUGGCGCACCAUCCACCGCCGAGGGCCGCCGGCGAAGCGCCCCGGACCCCGCUGGAGCAGCGCUCCGCCCCCUGCGUCACCUACGUGCAGAAAUGCGUCGUGCUUGUGGACUGGUGGCUGGAGAGGGUGGAGGGCGAGGAUGGCAAGAUCCGCGUCGCCGGGUUCACUGACACGGCUCAGACGAGGCAAGGCGCGUCUUCCUCAAAGGGAAACAAGAGAAGAGCAGUUCGAGUGUUCAAGUCUGCCGCCAUUUCGAGGCGGUAUGAUUACUUUACAAUUGAGACCGCAGAUGGUAACCUGAUAAAGAUCGGGCGUCUCUUGAACAUUCCCCAAACACGGGAUAAUGGAUUUCCUCAGGAGGUAUGUGAAUGCUUCGAGUUGGGCUUUCCAGUUGAAUGGGAGAAGCUUGCUAAUCCAAACAUGGAGCAGAUGAAUGGACAAGCAGGAUCGCCAUCGAAAUCUACUGCUAAUGCACCAAGUAGUUCAGUUGAAUGUUGUAUGGAGAAGUUGUUGUGUGGCAGCAUUAUCAAUUCAAUAGGAUACACUUUUGCGGAGAGUGAUUUCAACUCAUCCAGAAUGUCUACCAGCAAUACAGAUGGACAUCUUAUCCAAAGGCUUUCAAAUUUAUCGAAUGGUAAUACAGGUAACAGAGAUAGUUUAAUGGGCAAAAUGGCUGCUUCCAAGGGAUUAGGCGAUGGCAGAAUGGAUAUUUGUACGAGUGUUACAUCCUCUGACUUAAAAGAACGUGGAACUCCCAAACGCGGCAAAGCUUCAGUGGAUCUGGGGACAGCAAAUGCAUUAGAAGUAUCAAGUCAAGGGAUGACUCCACAGUUUGGGGCUGUUCGAGGUUCAGAAGAUAAUACAGUCAGGAGAUUACGGAGUGGCAAAGUCUUUGGAGUGCCAAGUAGUGCUCCAGCGAAUAGGGGCUACAUGGAGAAAAGAAUGAAGCACGAAGCAUCCAACGGAAAGAUGGUAUCAAAUGAAGGGGUCACAACCACUGCAGAUCUGACUUCUCAUGGAAAUGGUUGCUCAGUUGCCGGGAUUGUUGCUGAAGAAAUCACAUGAUUCAUGUAGGAAAGGAAGAGAAAGGCCAGCAAAGACGGGAAGAGGAAGGCAAACAAACAGAAGAGCCGCAAGAAACGAGUCCAAAAAAACUGUUCUGGAACUGGGUGUGAAACUCACGAUAAGGUUGUUGUAUCUAGAUUUUGUAAGUAAGUUGCUAGCUAAUUUGUGUAGAUGUAUCGUACCAUGUGCUAUAUGUGUUGUAUUGCAUGUUCCAGCGUUAGCUUCCACACAUUGGCAGAUGGUGCCGCUACUUUCGGUAUCUCUUAAUACCUCUUUACUAUCCCGUAAUAUAUAAGUCCCAGCUAUUUCUAGUACUGAA